AUGAGACCAUUUGACCUCAUCAUAACGAAGAACGAGGGGAGCGUGGUUGUGUUGGAGCUAAAUCGCCCGAAGAAGCGUAAUGCAUUAUCGCAGGGUCUGAUAGAUGAACUGGUCAAGACCUUGUCUCGAUUGGAUCAGGAUGCAACGGUGCGCGCCGUUGUCCUCACUGGCAGCGAAGAAGGACCCUUCUGUGCUGGAGCCGAUCUCAGUGAACUAGCAAGCAUUUCUACAGCUGAAGCUUUCCGAACUGAAUGGCUGAAAGACCUCAACGAUGCUCUUGACAGAUUUCGUAAGCCUGUUAUUGCCGCAGUACGAGGGUUUGCAUUCGGCGGGGGUUUCGAGCUGGCGUUACUAUGCGACAUAAUUUUUGCCUCAGCAGAUGCCAGAUUCGGAUUUCCAGAAAUCACUUUAGGCACCAUUCCCGGUAUGGGUGGCACCCAGCGCUUGACGAAGACGAUUGGAAAGCAAAAGGCCCUGGAACUGGUGUUAACUGGGCUACCUGUCACUGCAAACGAGAUGGAACGGCGUGGUGUUGUCAAUCGAGUCAUGUCAGCGGAUGAAGACGUUCUCCAAGAGUCUCUGCUCAUUGCCCAGAUCAUCGCAGCACGUUCCGCGCCAGCUCUCAGGCUUGCCAAGCACGCUGUGAAGGCGGGUAAGUCCAUGAUAAGUACGCACUCCGAGGGUAUGCACGCUAACGACAACAAGCCGAGACUACCACCUUGCACUCGGGUUUGGAAAUUGAGAGAUCAUCGUAUUACAGUACUUUUUCAUCUCUUGAUUGCCAAGAAGGGAUAG